AACGAACAUAUGCAAUAACGGAGACCUAAGCUGAAAUCUUUGGAUAAUAAAGAGAAUCAACAUACUUCGGAAACUCCAAUACAGAAUCGCAAACUGUUUAGAAAGACGACACCAAAACUAUUGUAGCCAUUACAAAUGGAUUAACACAUAAGUUCAAGGGAACCUUUGACUACGAAAGUAGAGGGACUGCACAAAAUCAGGCUAAGAACCUAUGUUAAUACCAUUGAAAAUUUGGUGAAUGAUAAUUUGUUAAAAUUGAUUCCUCCCACUUGUGAUGGGAGUAUUUACUCCAUUGGUUAAUCAAUAGGUAAGGGGAGCUAUGCUACAGUAAGACUUGGAACUAAUAAGUAAGGCUUGAAAGUGGCAAUUAAAGUAUAUGAAAAGUUAUUCUUAAAAGGCGAGCGACUCAAUAAUCUCGUAAAAGAAAUCAAUGCCUUGAAAGCACUCAAUCACGAGCAGAUUGUUAAAUUAUUAGAUGUGUAUCAUUGUGGAAGCACAAUAAAUUUAGUAUUGGAGUACUGUGGAAACGAGAGUCUCUUCAGUUUGGUUAAAUAACACAGAGCCUUAUCGAAGGAGUAUGCAUUCAAUAUUAUUCAUCAACUGUUGAAGAUCCUAGUAUACAUUCAUGAGAAGAAUAUAUGUCAUAGAGACAUCAAACUUGAGAAUAUCCUGAUAACCAAUAAAAAAAUUAAACUCAUAGAUUUUGGGUUUAGUACUAUAUACAAUAGCAUAACUUGUCAUUGUGGUACUCCAAGCUAUAUGUCACCUGAAGUAGUCACAAAGCAGAAGUAUGAUGGAAGGACAACUGACAUAUGGGCAUUAGGGGUUCUUUUUGUUGGUUUACUUCAGGGUAGCUUCCCAUUUAAGGGUUCAACAGAAAAGGAACUCUUCUUUAAAAUAAGAAAUAAUGAGUACACUAUUAAUAGUUAGGAUAAGGAUGUGAGAGAGUUUCUGAGACAGGUCUUUGUUUUGGAUCCUCAUCAUCGAGCAACUGCCAGAGAGGUAAUCAUUUAUUGCUUUUAUUCUUAGUUACUUUAAUGCGAUGUAUUUAGAACUAUGUGACUUCAUUUAUGUAAUUAUUAUUUUUAUAAAUUUUUAUUUUUGAAAUGGUAACUUCUCACAUUAUUCAAAUAGUAACCAAUCAAUGACAUCAAUGUCGACGAAGUACUCAGAGGGUUGUCAGCAGUCGAAGGAGCAAAUGGCUUUGUGAUAUUCAAUCAGGAUUGUAAUAUAAAAAGAAACCAUCUUUUUUAGGCAUCCCAUUGAAAAGAUCAGAAAAAAACAUCUCUUAUGAAAAGGCUGUUCACAUGUCUGCCUUGGUUGCUGAUUUGUGGAAUGUUACUAAAAAGUGCAUUUAGAGGGAUUUGAGGAAUCAAGAUGUAUUAUUUACUUUAUUAAUCUCAAAAGAACGAUUUGGAAGUCAUUAGAAUCAGAACUAAGGCUUAAUCAGAAUAUAUAAUUUCGCAAUGUAUUAACAGAUUUAUCAAUUAGAGGGUGAUUAUACUAUGAUCGGAAUAUAAUUAUGCGGCAAGGCAAUCGAGGAAGCCAAGUUAGCAGCAGCUGCAGAAGCAUAAGCUAUUGCUGAAGCUGAAAAGGCAAAAAAAGGAGAUAAGGAGUAAAGUUGA